UCUCUCAUUGUACCAAUAACUAGCCUUUGCUUUUCUUACAUCUCUCUCACACACACACUUUUUAUUAUAGUUAAGGCAAUGGCUAUAGAAUGCAUAACAAGUAGUGCAAAACUCAUGACUCAAAAGAGUGAUAAAAAUGAAAAUGAAGAAUCAUCAAAAUUAGUUUUUGAUGCUUCAUUUCUAAAAAACCAACUCAACCUUCCAAAACAAUUCAUUUGGCCAGAUGAUGAAAAGCCAUGCAUGAAUGUGCCGGAACUUGAUGUUCCACUCAUUGAUUUCAAAAACUUCCUUUCUGGUGACCCUUUUGCGGCAAUGGAAGCUUCUAAAACCAUUGGUGAAGCAUGUGAGAAACAUGGGUUUUUUCUUGUGGUUAAUCAUGGAAUUGAUACAAAGUUAAUUGAACAUGCUCAUAGUUACAUGAAUGAUUUCUUUGAGGUUCCCCUGUCUCAGAAACAGAGGUGUCAGAGAAAAACAGGGGAACAUUGUGGUUAUGCUAGUAGUUUCACUGGGAGAUUCUCCUCAAAUCUUCCAUGGAAAGAAACUCUUUCUUUUCAAUUUUCAGAUGAGAAAAACUCUUCAAAUAUUGUUAAAGAUUACCUUUCCAACACAUUAGGGGAAGAUUUUCAACAAUUUGGGGAGGUUUACCAAGAAUAUUGUGAAGCAAUGAGCAAACUUUCACUAGGGAUAAUGGAGCUACUUGGAAUGAGUCUUGGAGUUGGGAAAGAAUGUUUUAGAGAUUUUUUUGAAGAGAAUAAAUCAAUUAUGAGACUUAAUUAUUACCCUCCAUGUCAAAAACCUGAUCUCACUUUAGGAACUGGCCCUCAUUGUGAUCCAACAUCUUUAACUAUUCUUCACCAAGAUCAAGUUGGUGGCUUGCAAGUUUUUGUUGAUAAUGAGUGGCAUUCCAUUAGGCCAAAUUUCAAUGCUUUUGUUGUCAAUAUUGGUGACACCUUCAUGGCUCUUUCAAAUGGGAGAUACAAGAGUUGUUUACAUAGGGCAGUGGUGAACAACAAGACAACAAGAAAAUCUCUAGCUUUCUUUUUGUGUCCAAAAGGUGAUAAAGUGGUUAGCCCACCAAGUGAAUUGGUGAAUGAUUUGACACCAAGGAUCUAUCCAGAUUUUACAUGGCCAAUGCUUCUUGAGUUUACUCAAAAACAUUAUAGAGCUGAUAUGAGGACACUUGAGGCAUUUACAAAAUGGAUUCAACAAAAACAAAACUAGCUCUAUUUUCAACCACAUGAAUAAAAACAAAUUAUUAGAGCCAUUGAUAUACAACCCUAGUGAAAAAGUGGCCAAUCAUGUGAAAGUACACUUGUGUAAUUCAUGAGGCACAUUAGUCAAGAAUAAUGAAGAAUUAGGGUUAUGAUUUAAAUGGUUAUGAAGCAUCAAUAAGAAAAAUUUGCCACUAAUUUUGGAUUAUUA